AUGGAGAGCCAUCUGAAGUUUCCCCGAGAUCCUGCCGCCCUAAGCACGGUGAGCGCCAUCCUGAAGGAGGUGCGUGUUUCAGAUGUGCCUCCCCCGCGACUGGCCAUGAAACCUCCGUUGUUACCUCUGGUCAUUUUCUCGGACUUCGAAUUAGACGACCUCAUGGCCAUUGCGGAGCUGUGGCAAUGGAGAGCCGUCCACAUGGGAGCACCGGAAGAUGCCAGGCCGAUCAUCGUCUUCAUCACGGACUUCAAAACCAAAGAUGGAGGUGAAGUCUUUGAGAAGAAACUGCUAAUGGCUCGGAUGCUGUUGGGCGUGACAUUGCAAGAUAUCUACACUUUGGUCUGCCCGCCGGGCACUGGCAACGUGAAUUGGACCUACUUCGACAAGAAGGUCCACCCUGCUGCGCCACAGCUCUACCGUCGAAAGGAUGAGAUUUUAGCUGCGGCAGCACAGGACAUCGUUGAUGUGGCCUUGUCAGACAGCAAUGAAGUCGUAGACGUCUACUUCAUUUCUCCCGGACGUGGUCUGUUUGGCGAGUUGUUGCAGGGGAUCGAGAGGGACCAUCCGAAAGGCUGGGAGGCGCUGUGCCAGAAGGCCAACGUAGUGAUGUACACAGGGAGCUUCAACACGCAGGGCUGCACCCUCCGAAAAGAGGCGGCGCCCGGCCCCUUCGACUACGAUUACAUCGGCCCCUUGGAAGCAUUGGUGACCCUUCUGACCAUCGGCAAAUUGGGUGAGGAACAAUGA